GGGAACAACGCGACGAAGGAAAGUACUAGCGGGAAAGAAUCAGCAGAUCUUCAGCGAGAUCGAGGUGGAGAACACGACCAGCAUCAUGUUCAAGACGACAAGUUAGCUACUUUAACAAGUACUAAGUUCUUAAUUACUGCCGGUGCUGAAGAGAACUACCAUACUUUAAC